GUCACUAUGAUCCGAAUCACAUCAACCAUGUGAAAUACUGGUGUAAAGGAUUACUUUGGGAUGGAUGUUCUUAUGUGGUACGCACUGACCAUCCUAAGAGCAGUGGUAAGGCCUCAAUCUCUGAUGACAUCAACAAGAGAAUCUUCACUAUGACCAUGACUAACCUGAAGUCACAGGACUCUGAGAAUUACAGGUGUGUUGUGGAGAUCAAUGGAGGACCAGAUAUCAGGAUACAAUGGUUCUACCUAUCUGUCACUCCAGGUACUGCAGAACUCUAUGUGGACCAACAGGAAGUGACUGGAGUAGAAGGAGGGAGUGUCACUGUCCGUUGUUACUAUAGUAACUCUGGAGAUAUGAAGUGGUGCAGGAUGGGUGGUGGUUGUAGAAGUGGGUAUUCUGUGCCAUUAAUGGGUAUCAGAAAAGUCUUCACAGUGACUAUGGGUGGACUGAAGAUGGAGAACACUGACUGGUAUUGGUGUAGAGUGGGAGAACUAGGGAUGCCUCUUCACAUCACUGUCAGUCAACAAACUGCAACACAGAGAACCACUACAAUGACGUCAACAACCCAAGCUCCAACCACUCAACAACCCUCUGCCUCUCCAACUGCUGAGCCUGUUCAGACUGACAACACAAGUCAAGGAGCUGAGGGGAACAUGGAGGAUGUCCACCAGAGGUCCAUAGAUGUGAAAGUCCUACUGAUUCCUUGGGGCAUGUUGGUGGUGGUGACAGCUGGUGUCCUAGUGGCAUGGAAGAUGUGGAGAAAGCAUAAGGACAAUAAAGCUGAGAACCAGCCAACAAGCACUGCAGCGCAGGACCCAUUUCCUGACAAUGAUGAUGUAACGUACAGUACUGUCGUCUUAAAGAGGAAGACCCAGCUAAAGUUACAGACCAAGGCAGCAGAACCAGAUGAUAAUGUGGUCUACAGCUCACUAGCUCUACAGGUGACCACACAGGUCAGUGUUGGUGUCUCUGUCUGUUGUACCAGAUGAUGCUGAUCUCUCAACUAAGAUACAGACAACACCACAUUGCUGUGUACUAAACAUCAAUCUUUAAAGGUCGACUUUGGGCAAAAACGCACAAAUAACGAAUUUAAACUGUAUAACUGAUCAAUGCACCAUCAUACCAGGUCAUUUAACGCUUAAAAACAAAACAACAAUUGUUGAAUUUGGCUACAGAAGUGCCAUUUCUUACCUGUCUCUCCAGCAUCCGUCCAAAAACAAAUCCUGUGAA